AUGGACACUGCUUGCAUACGUUCACCUACAGAACUUUCUUCAGCUCUUUUGACAAAUGACGCACAUGCCGAUACUUCAAUUCUGUUGCAUUCUAUUUCGCUGGCGACUCUAGUCUUUACAAUCAUUGCUUCUGGUAUUAUCACGAUCUGGAAUCGGUACGUUAUACACCAAACACCAUUUACAUGGCAAAAGUCAUUUUCACAUAUACUAGGGAUAGCUCAGGGAAGGCAACUGGAAACAAAUCAGCGAUCGAUUGUUCGAUCACUUCACUCCAGCCCUACACCAUUACGCUCUAUAAUUACCACAUCUCCACGGUCAUCGCUCGCUUCUCGUGUGCACGAUCAGCAUAAGAUUGAGCAACAAGAAUUCACAAAGACGCCAUCUCCCGGAAUUAAAAAUAGCAAGUUUAAAAUGACUAGAGAGCACAUGGCGAAUGCCUCAUUUGAAGAGAAAUUCGGGCUCUUGUUACUCGGCAUCGAUGACGAUGAUUGGAGGGAAAGUCUGGGGUCAUAUUAUUAUGGGGACCGUGAUUAA